AUGAGUUUUUCCGAUCAACCGCCUUAUCCUCUGCAUUUUAUUCUAAUUCCAUUUGCUGAUGGUGAUGCUGGAGGUGUUUGUCCUCAUUCUUCGAUGAACUAUGAUCUAUUUGAGUCCUAUUGUCAGUUUGAGCAUGCACCUUUUUUCAAGAGAAUGACAGAUUCCGAUAACAACUUGCCAAAUUCUAUAACAUUCCCAGCUAUUAAAUAUAGAGUGAAUUCACCAAAUCUUCAAGAAAGCAAAGAGAUGAGCCAUUUAUUUUAUAAAACCUGCAUGUGUGCUAAGUUCUUGAAAGAAGCUUACAAGAAUGGGGAAAAUUGUACUUUUGCUCAUGGUGUUGAAGAUCUGCGGGAUCCUCCUCCCAAUUGGCAGGAUCUAGUCCUUGUAAAGGAUAGAGAGUUGAAUGAGGAUAAGGAAAAAAUGCAUAGGAUGAAAAUUUGCAAGAUAUUUUAUGAUGGAGAGGAGUGUCCUUAUGGACAUAAGUGCAAAUUUCGUCAUGAACGUCCUCCAAAUUUUAAGACCAACAUGCCAAAGGACAAGGAGAGUUUUGCAAUAAGUAUCAAAACUACAAGGAACAUUAGUGAUCCUAAGAUGAUUGAGACUAGUAAGAAUGAAAAUGAUAUUGUCCGUUUUAAGAUGCCUACAUAUUGGAAGACAAAGAUAUGUAACAAGUGGGAGAGAACAGGUCAAUGCUCCUUCCGUGAUCGUUGUCACUUUGCUCAUGGCCUAUCAGAGUUGCAAGCGCCUGUGUUGAUGAAUUCUGUCCCUAUUACUCCAAGGCCCUUCUCAGCUCCACUUGUUGCAAACACAGUGGUCAAUGCUUCGGUAAAAGAUGAAAAAGGGGAAAAGAAAAUCCUUAAGUGGAAACCAUCAAAAAAGAUCGCAGAGAUAUAUGGAGAUUGGCUCGAUGGUUAUAUUCCACCCCACCUCUUAUUUAGAAACAUUGAGAGCUGA